GUUCGGAACAGGAUGUAUUUGAUGUUAUUCUCCCACUGGCUUCUCACGGCGGUCUGCCACGGGUGUAUCCACCGCGGAUCGGAGGCGGACAUGAUGAGGCACGUGCAAAGGUCGCAGCAGCCCCACCUGAGCUCCGCAAACGCUACGUCAGCCUUAGCAAGCUAAUGUGAAACGCCGCGUGUCGUAAACUCGGCACCGCUGAUUUUGCGUUUCAUUUUUUUCCCCCGUACAACCUGCGCAGCGACAGCACCUGUAUAUAGAGGCAACUCCUACCGUUGAGCGGUUGCGAGGUUACUCAUCUUUUUUUUCCCACUUCGACACGCAAGCACGAAGACCUGAAAGUAUGCUUUCCGCAAUACAGUUGGUGGCCAUUGCAGGCUUUCCUCUACUUGUCCGAGCUUCGGUACAGACACCUACGCCUACGUCAUGCCAGAGUUCCCAGAAAGUUAUGGUGAACGACGUCACCAUUGUCAACGCCAAGAUUGGGCAGACGAUGACUUUAAACUUCACACUUGUGAUCAAGGAGCCUCUCACAUCGAACCCCACGCUAGCCGUGACCAUGAAGAGGCAGACCGGUGGCAGUAUCAGCUGCAUUAACGACAUCGGGUCAUGCACGUACAAGCUCUGCGGUGGAACAAAGGACUUCGAGAAGAAGCUGGCUCAGUUGUGGAACAACCAGUGCCCGGUUCCAGCGAUUACAGUGCAAGAGACAAUAGAGGCCAAGCUGGAGUCCUUCAUACAGUUUCUUAUAGGUUUUGCCCCAACGACCAUCACUAUUGAGCUUAAGGUCACCGACGGUGGUGCCUCGGUUGGAUGUCAGUCCUUCAAAGUAAACAUAGCGGCUUGAGGAGGAGCGGCUCACAGAAACAAAGGGAGGUCGAGGAUGAAGGCUUAAUUGCCCAGGAAAGCAUGGACGAAUUAGGAGAGGUCCAAUUAAGGCUUCCUUUUGCAUCUACGGGUGAGGGAAAGAAAAGCUAAGCAAUGAAGAAGCAGUGUACAACACUCGGAUUAUUUAUGGCCACAUACCAGAUACUAGUUCAUGGACUCGUCGAAAAAAUGUGGAAGAUAACAAUCUCAUCUGCUGCCAUCAAGACAAUAUUACGAGAAUGAAUUUGUAUGUUUGCGCGAAUAAAAAGAUGUUGCGAACGA